UAUAGUAGAGGUUGCACCAAGUCGCAACUAUCUUAUAUUCAAUGCCAAAACUCGAGAAGCCACGACUAUAAAUUCUGGAUCCGCAAAGAGAAGCCAAAUCAAAGUGUUUCGUCUCUAAUAUCUCCAGUUCUUACAGAAAGAGAGCAGGAUAUAAAUUUCCAGUCUUCUACUAUGGAGGCAUCCGCGAAGAACAGCAGCUUAAUAAUAGAAAGAUCCAGCCCCACUGUGGUCCUACCAGAACACGAAACACCGGAGGGUUCCAUUUCCUUAACUAGCCUCGAUCAAAUGGCUCCUAUGAUGAUGCUGUACGUUUAUUCUUUCGAUAGGAGUGACUCAAAUGUGGUAGACGUGAUUAAGAAAGCCUUGGCCAGAGUUCUGGUUCAUUACUAUCCAGUUGCGGGGCGAUUAGCUAGAAACUCUCGAGGGAAGUUAGUUGUUGACUGCCAAAAGAAGUUAGGAGUCCCAUUCGUAGAGGCAACGGCUGAUUGUGACAUCGAAAAUCUGGGUGAUGAGAGACUUGUAGAUCCUGAUGCUUUAGAUAAGCUUGUCUACAGAGAUCCUAUGCAACAUAUACUUGAAGUUGCCCCCCUUCUAACUGCACAGGUGACAAAAUUCAGAAGUGGAAGUUUCAUUUUAGGGAUCGCACUCAGCCAUUACAUAGCAGAUGGCGUGUCGACAAUGAAUUUUAUGAACGCAUGGGCUGAAAUAGCAAGAGGCAAGCCAUUAUCCAUCGUCCCUUGUCAUGAUAGAACCAUCCUAAAAUCAUGGGUGCCUCCUCAAAUCACGGGUCCUUACGACGAAUUUGUUCACAUAAGUGAUGUAUCAAACAUGACGGCAUUAUACGAGGAACAACAAUUUGUAUAUAAAGCUCUCCACUUCAAUGCUGAGAAGCUGGCGGCCCUAAAAAGAAUGGCAACAAAAGACGAACAGGUGACGAGCAAAUGCACCAACUUCGUGGCACUGGCAGCCUUUGUGUGGCGGGCUCGCAGUAUAGCCCUGAAUAUGAAACUUCACCAACAAUCAAAGCUUCUUCUUGCGGUUAACUUCAGGUCUAGACUAAGAACACCAUUGCCCGACGGAUACUUUGGGAACACCGUGGUCUGGCCCUGCUGUCUCUGCACCAAGGGAGAGUUGAUCGAGGAGCCAAUCUUUGCUUCUGCAACAAGAAUAAAGAAGGCAAUCGAGAGUGCGACUGACAGCUACGUACAGUCGAGGAUCGACUAUUAUGACAAUAAUCGAUUAGGGGGACUCCCUGUGGACACACUACUAAUGAGUUCAUGGACGAGGUUCGAGUAUGGCUCCACAGACUUUGGGUGGGGAGAGCCGAGGUUUGCGACCGGUGACAUACAAAGGCAAAAUUGCUUGUUUAUGACGGACGGGAGAGAGAAGGGCAUUGCGGUGGUGUUGGGAUUGCCACUUUCAGCCAUGAAUACCUUUGAGAAGCUUGUUUGUGAUCUUAAUGAUGCGUAGUACACUAAUAUUGGCAUUCCAAACUAUUUUACAAAGUGUGAUCAACUGUAAGUGGAUCAUCGUAUCCAACAUCUGAGUAAAAUCCGUCAUGUCACUUAAUAAAUCAUUUCUAAGAGUUUAGUCUUAAUACCGAUAAUUAGUUGGACUUC